UGAAAGGAGCUCUAGGCACUAGGACCUGUAGCAUUCUCCCCAGCUGAAAGGAGCUCUAGGCACUAGGACCUGUAGCAUUCUCCCCAGCUGAAAGGAACUCUAGGCACUAGGACCUGUAGCAUUCUCCCCAGCUGAACGGAGCUCUAAGCACUAGGACCUGUAGCAUUCACCCCAGCUGAAAGGAGCUCCAGGCACUAGGACCUGUAGCAUUCUGCCCAGCUGAAAGGAGCUCUAGGCACUAGGACUCCACUGACUUUUCAGAACAAUCGAUUUUCAAACAAGUGCAAGAGCCUGAGUGGAUUGUCUUCCCUCAAUGAGAAGGAGACCUGACUUAUGAAGACAAACCUGUGGAAUAACUCACACACUGGAAUAUAGCUUAGUACUGGUUGCGACAUCCAUUUGUGAAGAGGGGAGAGGAGCCGUUGCAGAGGGGCCAGGGCCGAGCUGGGGGCCACAGAGAGCUAGAAAGACAGGCCUGAUGGCAGGAGCCUGGAAGGCAGUCCGCUCUGAACACGUGCUCUAGGAGCCCGCCCCGCCUGGGGCCACAAUUCCUGGGGAAGAAACACGGCACAGGUGUGUGUCCAUGAGGUCGUCCAUGCUGGUCUUGAUCCUCGUGGUCAGUGCCCAGGCCGUGUGCACCAUGGGAGGGGACUUCUGCCCCCCGGUCUCCGCUCAGCAGCACCCUACCCCUAACAGGACCCCUAACUCUGCCCCCACCGUGGACCCCAAACUCUUCACCAAGCGACGCUACCGCUCGCCCCGCGUUCUCUUCAGUGCACAGCCGCCCGACAAAGAGCCCACAGGACGCCAGGGGUCCGGGGCCAGCAGGGCAAGGCGCAUGGUAGGUCAGCCACAGCACCGGGGGGUGUACUCUGUGUGUGAGAGUGUCAGCAACUGGGUGGGCAACAAGACCAAGGCCACAGAUAUAUCUGGCAAUGAGGUGGAGGUGCUCCCUGACGUCAACAUUAACAACGUCAAGAAAAAGCAGUACUUCUUUGAGACCACAUGCCGUGGCGCCCGGGCGGGCAGCUCUGGCUGCCUGGGCAUCGACGGGCGACACUGGAACUCCUACUGCACCAACUCGCACACCUUCGUGCGGGCGCUGACUUCCUUUAAGGACCUGGUGGCCUGGAGACUGAUCCGCAUCGACGUGGCCUGUGUGUGUGUGCUCAGCCGAAAGUCCUGGCGACAGUGACCGUACUGUAAUCACUAGUCCUGUAGUCACUGCAGUACUGACCGACAGGACCACAUGGUUACUGUUAUGAAGUCACUGCAAUACUGCAUUUCCAACCCCCCACCCCACUGGAGUACUGCAUUUCAACCCCCCCCCCCCACCCCCACCGGAGGACUCUGACACUCUCUGCCCCACCCCAGCCCUCAGCUCACAGUUAAUUAUUGAUUGAGGACUGCAUGUAUAUAAACCAACCAUUUGUUUAUUAGUUGUUGUUGUUAUUUAUUAAACACCUCAGUA